GGUCGUAUAAAAAUUAAAAGCCGGUUUUCCUCGCACAUCAGAUUCAGAUCGGCAGAGGAUAACAAUGGGCGUGGACAGUAACCAUUGAUCACCGUGACCAGCCUGCAGCCUGGACGAGCACGCCUUCCGGUGCUUUUAUAUAACCCACAGACAGGUUGUACCGGAGAGUUGUUUGUUGACAGAUGAAUGGUAGCUAUAUACUAUAGGUGACUAGAUCCUAAACAAGGUACACAGGUGACUCGUGAUCAGGACUUGCCAGCAUGGCCAUGGAACACAGCAUGUACGGGAUGAACCCCCGAUCGUACUCGUGUUCUCUGGACCAUUAUGGAUCAGGAGGAGCUGUCAACUUCGGCUUACCCCAGAGCUUUCAGCGCCUUCCCCCCUCGGGACGAUGUUUGGGGGUAGUGGCUGUUCCUCUGGUACUCCCAAACUUUAGCUGUUCUCAGCAGUCCUACAACUGGGCCUUGUCAUCAAUGUCUCAAUCGGCGGCAUCCAGUCUUUACGGUAACUCCUCGUGUGAGUGGGGAUCGAGAGCGGCUUUGUAUUCAGGGACUAUCACACGGCUAUUUUAAAGAAAAUGAUGUACCUGGUAAUUCCUUUCAACAGACAGUGAGUAAAUGUGGAGUGGCUUGUGCCCCCCUCGCCAUAUAGCGCUGUGUUUGGGUCCCUCAGCUAAGGACGUCUACGAAGAUGACGCCAUUUCAAAUUGCUUAAAAUCUAAAGAUUCUCCGAACUCCGAUAGCUACAAGGUUGAUCUGAGCAGCAAGCCAAGAAAGGAGAGAACAGCGUUCACCAAACACCAAAUCCGAGAGCUGGAGAAAGAGUUUGCCAUACACAACUACUUGACCAGGUUACGACGUUAUGAGAUAGCUGUGGCACUAAACCUCACGGAGAGACAGGUAAAAGUUUGGUUCCAAAAUAGACGCAUGAAAUGGAAGAGAGUUAAAGGGGCUAAACUGGUGAAGGAUAAAGUGACUGGCCAACUAAAGCCCAUUUUACCUCCCAACGUAAGUGUGAAGGGGGAUAUGUUUACAAGUGCUGUGGCAGAAAUCAAGGAGUCCCCCGUGUCGUCCAAUGAAUAAUGAACAUCACAUGGCUAUAGCCAGCCAAUCACAGGUGUAUAUAUUCGUCAUUAUGUGACUUCUACGAGGAUUCAUCCUCACGUGCAAUUGGAACUCUGUGACAUAUUAUAUAUACUGUAGAAAUCGGAUCCGACAGGACGAUUAUUUGUGUCUGUGUUUCUUUUUUUUUAAACCUAGAACUUUUAUAUCAUACGCGUACAUUGCCUAGCAAUUUUGUAAAUUAUUUCAUGGUCUUUUUACCAGCCCUUUUCUCAGACAUGCGUCCAACGACAAGCCCUGUUCAUUUUGUGAGGUGUCAGUGUUUUUGACGGAGACUCCUCUAACCGACCGACAGCGCUAGAUGUGUAUAUUUCUUCCUUGGUAUUUACAAAUUAUAUCACGUCCACGUCAACCUCCGUCCCUCAGUCAGUGUUACUGCAUGGAGUGAAACCAAUCUGCGGUCAUUUCAGACUCACCUGAAUCUGAAAUUUCUCCAAAUAUCUGAGAGAAAUCUAUUUUGCACAAUUUGGGUACGAAAUAAAUGUUUUAUUUUAUGACUUUGA